CAAUAAUCGAGCUCCGAUCUCGCCUGCGCUCGGCACUCCACUGCUCUCCCCUGGCCAGCCACCUGAUUACGUAGCGCAUGCGCGGAGCCUUCCUCUUCCUUUCUCCCAGCUCGGGUCGCCAUGGCUCCUGUGGUCAGUAUCGAGCUCCGGCUUGUUUGUUGUGAUAAUGUCUCUGUUUGUCGCCGCUCUCGGUCUCCCAGGCUGCCUUCCAGUGCCCCGAGGAGGGGGCUGUAGACAGGCCGGGCGUGGGGCGGUCAGGAGGGCUGUGUAAAGCCGUGCCAGGGGGAAGGGAGCCGGAGCAUGGGGAGCGGGGCCUAGUAACCGGACCAAGCCUGGGGCUAGAGUAUGUUACCAAGCCGGGCCAGGGGGAGCGGGGCCCAGUAACCGGGCCAAGCCUGGGGCUAGACUGUGUUACCAAGCCGGACCAGGGGGAGCGGGGCCCAGUAACCGGGCCAAGCCUGGGGCUAGAUUGUUACCAAGCCGGGCCAGGGGGAGCGGGGCCCAGUAACCGGGCCAAGCCAGGGGCUAAAGUAUGUUACCUUGCCGGGUCAGGGGGAGCGGGGCCCAGUAACCGGGCCAAGCCUGGGGCUAGACUAUGUUGCCGGGUCAGGGGGAGCGGGGCCCAGUAACCGGGCCAAGCCUGGGGCUAGACUAUGUUGCCGGGUCAGGGGGAGCGGGGCCCAGUAACCGGGCCAAGCCUGGGGCUAGACUAUGUUGCCGGGCCAGGGGGAGCGGGGCCCAGUAACCGGGCCAAGCCUGGGGCUAGAGUAUGUUACCAAGCCGGGCCAGGGGAAGGGCCCUGAAAUAAGCCCUUACUGUGAUAUGUAUAGGGCUGGGUAGGGCGCUGCUAGGGGUGAGGGAUGGAGCUAUAAACCCUAACCCUCAAUAAUACCGAGCUGGGCAGCCUUCUAAAACCAGGAGCCAGCGGAGACAUGGUGCAGAUCUGCAAGCUUAGGGAUGGCUCUAAUAGCUGUAAGGCUGGCGAAGCAUCAUGGGAUUUGUAGUUCAACAUCUGCCAGGAAACUUUAGGCCAUAUAUAAUUAUAAGUGAAUGUAAGGAAAGUGGACUCUUUAUUGGGUUUAUAUUAAACAAUGACUUGUUAAGUAACUGCAGAUUUUUGAGUUAGAGGAAUUGGCGAACACCAGGGUUUUGUUGUGUUGGGUUUUUUUUUUUUACAUUUACUGUUUAGUCAGUGAGUUCAACCUCUGUUUACAAUUUGCAAUCCUCCAGAUGAAAAACAGUGGGCUUUAGUGGCACUGUUACAUUUUGCAUUAUUUAAUCACAUCUUUAUUACUUUUUACUAAAAGUGUAUAUGUGAGGUAAAUAAAAAUGUAUUACAUUGGUUACAUAUAUAAUUUUUUUUUAAUUUUUUUUAAAUGAAAUAAAAUGUACCUAUAUUCCAACACAGACACCUCACUGCAGCCUAAUCCUUCUGCUGUAAAGUUGUCAUUCUUGAUGACUUUUGACAAAUCAUAUGCUUCUAAUAGAAGAGCAUUGGUAUCAUGGCAUAUGCGAUCUUCCAAUCCAAUGCUGCUUUUUUUUGCAGCAUUGGAUACACACUGCAUUUGGUGUCACCACACUUUGCAUGGUGAUCAUCUCGAUGAUAAAUUAAGUGAAUAAAUCUGUUUCAUAAGCCAGUGCAGGUGUAUGGCAGUCAUUAGUAGAUGUUAUGAAAUUUAAACUUUUUAUUUUUUGCCAAUCUUACUCCAGUAAUGAAAGGGGUGGGUUUUUUUUUUUUUUGUUUUUUUUUUUUUAAUUUAAAUUGUGGUUCCUUGCUAUCACCUAAGUUUGAGAUGCUAAAAAUUAGAAAUGCAGUGGUCUCCAAGGCAGUAGUAUGUUAUAAAGCACGUUCUAUUUGGUUAAUUUUAUUCCCAUCAUUGGCUAGUGAUGACAGGUUGAGUACCAAUAUUCUCUAUAAAUGUUUUUAUUAAUACAUUUUCAAAAUAAAAAAAUUACUAAUUGAGUGCCAAUAUUCUAUGAAAAUCGUGAUUAGUUCUGGUUGGCACUGUACUGCAAAAUAUUAAUUUAGUAAUACUUAAAAUUUGGUGACAAGAGUUGCAAAACAAGUGUUUUCCAGACCUCAGUGUGUCAGUUAGUACUUGAGAUUAUUUAAUAACUUUAAAAUAAUAUAUUAAUAGGUGUUAUGUGGUAUAUGCAUUACCCUAUGUAUUAAUGCUUAUAGAAUGUGUUUGUAGGUGAAUAGGGACCUGUCUAAAGGAGCUUACAAUCUAAAUUAAAGGGAUACUACUGGCACCAAAACAACUUUAGCUUGAAACAGGGGGGUCCAAAAAGUAGAUACCCAGAUAUUUUAAAACUACAGCUUCCAUGAUGCUUUAUUCUAAAGGCAUGCAAAGCAUCAUGGGAGUUGUUGUUCUACAACAUCUGGGGAUCUACCUCUUGGGCACCCCUGGCUUAAAGGGACACUAUAGUCACCAGAAAAACUACAGCUUUUUGUAGUUCUGGUGUCUACAGCCAUUCUCUUUGGGCUUUUUAAUGUAAACACUGCCUUUUCAGUGAAAAGGCAUUGUUUACAUUACUGCGUAGGAACACCUAGUGGAAGUUACUCAGAUGGUCACAAGAGGUGCUUUAUGUGUUAGUGCUGCAGUGUCCCCAUACUUUGGAUGGAGGUGCUGAACGCUCCCCAUAGGAAUUCAGUGCAUCUCUGUGAAGCGAUGCCGAUUGGCGAAGUGUGGCGUUUUGCCUUGCAUGUGCAGUAGCCUCCCACUGCUUUCCUAUGAGAGAGUAUUGGAUUGGCUGAGAUAAUCAGAUUAGAGGAUUUCAGCCAAGGAGGUGGGGCAGAGACAGUUGUGACAAAACCAGAGGGGUGCUGUAAAAAGGGUAAGUUAACUACCACUUUUACGAGAGACAAGUGAGGUUGGCUACCUAAAUGGUGGUGUUUUGUUUUUUUUCCAUUAUAGUGUCAGGAAUACAUAUUUAUAUUCCUGACACUAUAGUGUUCCUUUUAAUGAAGCAGUUUUGGUGUAUAGAUCAUGCUCCUGGAUUCUCGCUGCUUAAUUCUCUGCCAUCGCUUUGUUCAUACAGCCCUAGUCACACCUCCCAGUAUAGAACAUGCACAGCCUUCCUAAACACUUCCUUAAAAAAAGAGAUCUAAUGUUUAAACUUCCUUUAUUUCACAGUCUGUUUUUAAUUUAGAAUUUUUUAUCUCCUGCUCGGUUAAUAGCCGCCUAGACCCUGCACGAGACUCCUAUGUGUGAUUAAAUUUCAUUUUAACAGAGUAGAGAGCGGAGAUUUAAAAAAAAAAAAAAGUGUAAAUAAAGUUAACGUGAUUAAAAAUCAGGGGGAGGUGUGGCUAGGGCUGCAUGGACAGAAACAAAUGACACAAAAAACAAAUUCCUAAAUGGCAGAUAAUUGAGCAGUGAGAUUGCGGGGGCAUGAUCUGUACACUAAAACUGCUAAAGGUGUUUUAGUGCCUAUAGUAUGUCUUUAAAGGAACACUAUAGUCAUUAGAACAACUACAGCUUAAUGUAGUUGAUCUGGUGAGCAUAAUCAGUCCCUACAGGCUUUUUGCAGUAAACACAUUUGUUUGUUUUUUUCAGAGAAAACGUAGCUUUUACAAUACAGCCUAGGGAUAACUCCACUGGCCACUCCUCAGAUGGCUACUGGAGGUGCUUCCUGGGGCAGUGCUGCACACCCUCUGCAUGGAGACACUUGGUAUCAUGGACUAUCCUCAUAGAGAUGCAUUGAUUCAAUGCAUCUCGAUGAGGAGUUAUGUGGGUUAAAGGGAGUGGGGCGGCAGCAAGCCACCUAAAUGGUGGUUUUAACACUAUAGGGUCUUAUAGUACUUUAGGCCCUUUAAACUUGUUAAACGCCAAUCAAUCAAAAAAUCAGUCCUGUUAUUUCUUUGUAGUUUAGCUUGGUGGAGUUCAACCCAAGAGGCAAGCAAUUGCCCAGAUACCUGCCUUGAAAAGAUUGUCAAUGUUCUGCAUUUGGAAUUCUGUGAUUGGACAGCCACAGAAAGUAUGGGCUGGUGAAAAGGGUCUUGUAAAGGCUGCAGACAAAAGAUCUGCACAUUUUGCAAGUUAUUUUAGAUAUCCCUCCAAUGAAAAAAAUGCAUAAUUAAAUGUAUAAUAGAAUAGACAGAUGUAUGGUAUACCGGCAGUCAAUGCAUCUAGAAAUCCAAUCACUAAAUUUGAUACUGCAAGUAUAAACACAAAACACCAAAUGAUAGUGCACUAUAUGUUAAACAUAAAUCUGUGAGAUCAAUAUAUCACCUCGUGUAUAAUCACACACUUCUAUGUGAAUAACAAAAUAAUUUACCCUUUGGCAGAAUAUCAAAGAUGUCUCUGAAAGAGAAUGUUCACAAUAGGGCAAUUCAGCAUGUAUAUAUGGAUGAAAUAAUAUAAUAAUCAUUUAUUGCAUCCCACUCAUUAUCAAUAACCUAUAUAUAACUGGCUAAAGUAUAUCAGCAUAGGUGGGAUAGAACUGGCUCUGAUGUCAGACUUUUGGUGGUCUUGGGAGAAUUAAAGUCAGAACAUCAUUUUGGUGUUUUAUUGUUUAUAAUUAAAUGCAUGCAUGUUUUCAUUGUGUUUUUAUUUGUAUGACCGUGGAGUGUUUCUUUAACAAUUCUUUUAUAAUACAUAUCAUGUAUAUUCACAGAUUAUACUGGUGAAAAUAACAUUUUGAUAGUCAUUGAGUUUCAAUAUAGUUGGAUGUAAUAAUGAGGAUAAAUAAUGCUAUAACAAAGAACAAUUAGUGGAAAUUCUUGAACAUGCAAGAAUAGCAAGGUUACAUAGAACAAUGAAAAGUUCCACUGGGUUAUGGUAUAUAAUUUCCUCAACAAAACAGAUUUUUGACUAGGGGAGGUAAGAAUCCAGAUGAAAGAUGCACUGGUGGGUAGAGGGGGAAAUUGGGGAUGGAUCAGAUCUGGUGAGGUGAGCAACGAGUUAUUGUCCAUCUUGGGAUGUUGGAGUAAAGGGAUGACUUUGGAAGUUUGCAAAAAGGUGCAAGAUAGGUGGCUGACUUGAUAUGAGGUGGGAGCCUUUUCUAGUACUAAGGAGAUAGUGAGAAUGAGUCGAAGGCAGAAAGGGGCACAUGGGUAUGGGACUGUUUUAAGGAGUGUACCUGAGAGGGAGAGGACUGGUGGGUCUAUACAGAGUUACCAUGGAGGAGAAAGAGGAUGGGGUAAGGUUAUGAAGAGAUUUGUAUACAAGAGUGAGGCAUUUGAAAAUAGAGCACUUAAUAGGAAGCCAAUGGAGUUUUAAAGAAGGGGUGUUGUAUGAGCAGACCAGGGCAUGGAUGCGGCCUUCUGUAUUUGAUCAAGGUGGGUGUUUGAGUGUUGAGGAAGGGCAAGCAGUAGAGAGUUGCAUUAAUGACAGAAUGGGAAAAGGUGUGCAGCAGACAAUGAGAGGAGGGAUCAUCCGGAGGUGAAACUACUGAAAAAGUAGAAGUAAGGGGGUGAAAUGCGAAAAAAAGUUAAAACAGCAUAUGUAAAUCUCGGACAACCCAGUCCAAGAAAGUAUUUAGUUUUUCUCUCAAAUUGUGGAGCACCAGGUCCAUUUUUUUUUUCUCCAUAGCAACCUGGUAUUUGUCAAGCUCUGCAUUAAACCAUAGUAAUGUUACAUUUCCAUGACAUCUUCACUUUGAGUCAUAACUUCUUAUGCAGUCUUUGUAGAAUGUAUAUUGCUUUCAAAUUAUGUAUUGCUUUAGGUUAUAUUAAAUGCUUAAUACUCUCUAUUACUACCAGCACUGCCAUUAUGCAGCGUCUAUUGGUGUAACGCAGUGACACUCACCCACUGCUAAAUCUGCUAUUAAAUAAUUAUAAACUGCUGAACAGAUUAAAAUGAAGCUCUUGGGAGUUGACUGUGAUUAACCCCUUAAGGACACAUGACGGAAAUAUCCGUCAUGAUUCCCUUUUAUUCCAGAAGUUGUCCUUAAGGGGUUAAAGGACCACUAUAGUGCCAGGAAAACAAACUCGUUUUCCUGGCACUAUGUGGUCUUUAGGUCCCCCCCCUCCCGCUGGGCUCAAUGGGGCUGAAGGGGUUAUAUACUUGCCUUUCUCCAGCGCCGGACUCCCUCGGCGCUGGGGAACUCUACUCCCUCUUUUGACGUCAGAGCUGAAUACGCACGGCGGCAAGGGCCGCGUGCAUGCGCAUUCAAUCUGUCCAUAGGAAAGCAUUUCUCAAUGCUUUCCUAUGGACGUCAGCAUCUUCUCACUGUGAUUUUCACAGCGAGAAGCGCCUCUAGUGGCUGUCAAUGAGACAACCACUAGAGGCUGGAUUAAAGGACCACUAGUUUUCCUGGCUCUCUAGGGUCCUUGGGCCCCCCUCUCGCUGGGCUCUGGGGGGGAGGAAGGGGUUAAUCCUUUACCUUUUUUCCCGCGCCGGGGACUCUCCUCCUCCUUUCCCAUCAUCGGCUGAAUGCGCAUGAGCCGCGCGCGCAUUCAGCCAGUCUUAUAGGAAAGCAUUCUCAAUGCUUUCCUAUGGACACUGGCGUCUUCUCACUGUGAAAAUCACAGUGAGAAGCGCCUGUCACUGAGACAGCCACUAGCCACAUGAGACAGCCACUAGAGACUGGAUUAACCCAUUUGUAAACAUAGCUAUGUUUACAGCAGAAAGGGUUUAAUCCUAGAUGAACCUGGCACCCAGACCAUUUCAUUAAACUGAAGUGGUCUUCUGGGUGCCUAUAGUGGUCCUUUAACCGUAGUAUAAACAUAGCAGUGGUACCUAUAGUGGUCAUUUAAUGUUGCAUACGUAAUAUAUGCAUGGGAGGUAAUUUCUUUAAAAGGACACCAGAACAAUUAGCGUAAUGUAGAUGUUCUGUCCCUGCAGGCAGUGUUCACAUUGGUGCCUAGUGACAGUCACUCAGAGGUACUUCCUAGUCCAGUGUUGUACAGUGUGCCACACUGGCGUUCAACAUCUUCACGCUCUGCAUGGAGGUGCCAAACAUUCCCAAUAGAGAUGUAUUGAUUCAAAGCAACUCUGUGAGGUGAUGCUGAUUAGCGAUCAUAAAGAUGAGCUGCGACUAGGGAAAAAUGGUGAGUAAAGUCAGACAGGGUUUGCUACCUAAACAUCCACACCAGCACUAUAGAAUGCAUGUUUUUAUUCCUGAAUGUUCCUUAUGUGCCUUGAAAUAUGCAUAUAGUGCUAAAUACAGGGUAUUGUGGUGGGGGGGAUUCUUUUGACCAGUGGUCUUGUAGAAGGUUGUUGAUUAAUGUUUACUAAUUGUAUUAAUUUGUGAUUGAUUUUUAUAGAAAAAGGUUGCUACCAAAGGCAGCAAAAAAAAGAAGCAGCUCCUGAAAUUCACUUUGGACUGCACACAUCCUGUGGAAGAUGGCAUCAUGGACGCUGCUAACUUUGUAAGUUAAGAAGAAGCAAUUUAGGUGUAUACGUUAUGCCUCUGCAGUCUCACUGCUCAAUUCUGCCAUUUAGUAGUUAAAUAACUUUGUUUAUGAACCAUAGUCACACCUCCCUGCAUGUGACUUGCACAGCCUUCCUAAACACUCUAUAAAGAGAGAUCUUUUUUAUGUCCUUGGACAGUAAAAAGAGAUUCCUUUAUUGCAGUCUGUUUCUUUUAUAAUUUCUUAUCUCCUGUGUGACGGUACAAUCCUUUACUCCGUCAAGCAUGCCCUUCUUCCCAUAAAAUAAAAUCGCCAAGUAAUCCACAGAGUAAUAAAUCGCUGGUAUUGCCGAAUAAUCCACACAUAAGCCAAGGCUUAAUGCUGGAACAAGUCUGAUUUACUGAGAAACAGGGCACACCAUUUAUACAGUACAUAACUCCUCCUCUGGGCCAGGCUAGAUAAUUGGGUUUGAGCACUUAUCAAACACAAUUAUCUAGUGGCCAGAAAAGUUAAAAAUUUUCACAAUUAUUAGAAACUUACUUUUAAACAUAACUUAUCAAUAUAAAAGCCAUAUCCCUGGGUAGCUGAGGGUGAUGUGAGCAACAUAUCCAAAUGAGAAUCCGUUCAGUAGUUUUGGAGUUAUACUGUGUGGAAGUUUGACCGGCUUGCCACGAGGUUGUAGCCGACUCAGAGUUCCAUGAAAUCAGUGAUGCGAACCAGUCUCCGUUCGGUUGAAAAUUGCACGAAAACCCCCAUAGAUAUAAUGUAGCUGGUUACAUGAGAGUGCUCCCCUCGUUCGGUAGAUUGAAACUCCCGAAAUCCAUUUGUGGAAAUGGGUCAGACGGGACUUCCAUGGGGGACCGAGGAUUUCUGGAGAGCCAUGCCGAAAUUAGUUCCAGGCGCUCGACGCCUAAAUCUCCCGCUCGCCGGCCGUUCGGGAGUUUAAGAUGGCCGCCACCCAGGAGCACUCAAUUAGCUUGUGGUUUCGUGCAAUAACACAGGAUUCUACGUUCUAAUUGCUACCCAGGGUGGUCCUCGUUUGGUAAAAAUAGCUAUUUUGACGAAUAGAAAGUAACGAAUGAACUAGUAAUAAAUCUAAAUCUAGCAGGGAGGGAAAAUACCGAAUGCAUGGAGGGAGAUUCUUCAUAUCCUGCUCCUCUGUUAAUAGUCUGCUAGGGCAUGCAUGAGCUUCCUGUGUGUUUGAUUAAAGUUCAAUUUACAGAGCAAGAGAUAAAAACUUCUAAAGUAAAAGUUGACACUGCUGUCAGAUCCAAUUGAACAUUAAACCAUUUUGUUUUCGUGCAGGCUGUGUGAGAGUCACAGCCAGUGGAGGUGUGGCUAGGGCUGCAUAAACAAACCAAAGUGAUUUAACUCUUAAAUGGCAGAUAAUGGAGUGGUGAGACUGCAGAGGCAUGAUCAAUACAUAGAAACUACUUCAUUAAGCUAAAUUAGUUCUGGUGACUAGUGUUCCUUUAGGAUAUACCCCCAAUGAAUAUAUGUGUGGAAAUACAGGCAUGUAUGUAUUGGGGUGUAUCUGGUAAAUAGUGAUUUUAAUUAUUUUUUUUCUUAUAAGUGCAGUGGAGUGAUCCUUUAAGAUACACCCAAUGGUUUGUUUUUGUUUUGUACUGGUAACCGCUUUGACAAAAAUUAAGUGGUAAGUGUUUGACUGUCCCUUUAAACCUCUUACACUUUUUUUUUUUUUCUUCUCUAAAGUGUUAUUAGGGCUAUGAGAGCACAGCAAUAAUAACCUUUUUGCACUGGUGCUGUUGUGUAUUCCUUUGUGCAUGCUGUCUCGGCGGACUGUUCUGACCCGAAUCUUGUACAAUACAGCCCGAGUUUAAGGUUACCCAACUUGAACACAGAGUGUACAUUUCUAGAUGUAUAUAAGCUGCAGUUCUUUAAUGGUUGUAGAAGUGCACUCAGCUAAUCCAUUGCCUAUUGCAGGAGCAGUUCUUACAUGACCGAAUCAAAGUGAAUGGAAAGGUUGGUAACCUGGGAGGUGGAGUUGUUUCAAUUGAGAGAAGCAAGAGUAAAAUCACUGUGACAUCAGAGGUGCCAUUUUCCAAGAGGUGAAUACAAUCUAACAAAUUUAUAUUUAAUUUUAUUGUUUAGAUGUAUGUGGUUUUUUUUUUUCCAUAGAACGUUUUCCUGCUUUUAACGGGGUUACCCCAACCAUCAAAGAGAAGAGGUGCAUAUUCAGGCACCAUGGCCUCUUCAAAUAACUCAAAAUGUUAUGAUGAUUGGAGUAACCUUUUCAUUGGGGUACAGAAAGUAUGUUGUUCAUUGAAUUGACAUUUAAAAAUGCAGUAUGAAAUAUCCUCCUUGGACCUCAACUAAAUGCUCAUUGCAUGUUAAAGGGACACUAUGUUCACCAGAACAACUACAGCUUAUUGAAUUUGAUCUGGUGAGUAUAAUCAUUACCUUCAGGCUUUUUGCUGUAAGCCCUGUCUUUUCAGAGAAAAUGCAGUGUUUACAUUACAGCCUAGUGAUAACUUCACUGGCCACUCCUUAGAUGGCUGUUAGAGAUCCUUCCUGGGACAUGGCUGCCUAAAAUGCAUCCAAACAUUCAGUGUCUCCACCCUCUGCAUGCAGACACUGAACUUUCCUCAUAGAGAUUCAUUGAUUCAAUUCCCCUCUAUGAGGAGAUGCUGAUUGGCCAGGACUGUGUUUGAAUUGUGCCGGCUCUGCCGCUGAUCUGCCUCCUUGUCAGUCUCAGCCAAUCCUAUGAAGAAGCAUUGUGAUUGGACCAGGUCACCACCUCUGAUGAUGUCAGAGGAAGUUCACAGACAGAGGCAGCAGCUUUAGACUUGACUAUAAGUAAGAUUUUACUAUCUUUAGGGAGGCCAAGGGGGCUAGAUAGUGGUUUUAACACUAUAGGGUCAGGAAUACACGUUCCUGACCCUAUAGUGUAUGCACAUGUAUGUGUUCCUGACCUUAUAGUGCUCCUUUAACCCCUUAAGGACCAAACUUCUGGAAUAAAAGGGAAUCAUGACAUGUCACACGUGUGUGUGUGUGUCUGUCUCCUUAAGGGGUUAAGCUAGUAUUGAUUAGUAUCAAUGUCUGGUCUUUCACAGUAUAUCUUUCAUAUUGAUUAUAAUUGCUGUCUUGAUUCCCACUCAUACAUGCUUGUUUUUAUGUGCCACCUUUUUAAUGGUUCAGUAUUCCAAAUGAGUGGCUGCUGGACACCUAAAUAUCAAGACAAAUCUUUGAGAAAUAUAUCUCUUACCUUCUAUUAUAUCUAUAUAGGUUUUUGAGAGAGAUUAUUCUGGGGGAAUUGCUAAAUGAAAAGUCACCAUGGAAACAAAUUGACUCUCGACAUCAAGCUCUUUGCAUCCAAAAUAGCAUCUUGUUUGCCUUAAUAAAUCUUGCGCGUCAGUUGUUUUAUUAGAUCAGUCUUUAAAGUGAUUCUAUAGUGCUAGGAAAAGAGAGCAUUUUUUUUCUGGCACUAUAGGAUUAAUAGGUUCCCCCUCACCUCCAACGGGGCUGAAGUGGUUAAAACAUCUUCGGACACUUACCUGAAUCCAGCGCUGAUGGGUCAUACUUCGACCACACUCCUUCCCCUCUGACGUCGACGGGGAAUACCUAAUGCGCAUGUGCGGCAAUGGCCGCACGCAAAUUAGAUCUACCCAUAGGUAAGCGUUAUUCAUUGCUUUCCUGUGGGGAAAAUCUGAUGCUGGAGGUCCGCGGACCAAAAGUCUGUUUGGAUUCCGGAAGCCCUCUUGUGGCUGUCUGAUAGACAGCCACUAAGGGCAGAUGUAGAGCUGUAAUGUAAACGGGAUAAAGCACCCAGACUACUUCAAUUAGUCUGGGUGCCUACAGUAUCCCUUUAACAUAUAAUAUUUAAUUCAUUAAAUAAUCUUAUUCCUAUAGUGCCAGGAAUACAAAGCUUUCCCCCAGUGAAUAAAGGGUUUAGGAAAGUUGCUGCAGCUUGCAAUUGAGGGCAGUAUAGGGUGGUAUUGGUAUUGUAUACUCUGCUUCAGCUGGGUCAAGAUAACACAUAGCGAUCAAUAACUACUUCAUAUAGGAAGGAGACACAUUGUUUAGCUAGCAGUUUUUGUGAGGAGAACACUGAUUUACCCUGGGAUUUCCCUUGUACUAACGACUGCUCGUGUGUGUGUAUAUGUGUGUAUAUAUAUAUAUGUGUGUGUGUGUGUGUGUGUGUAUAUAUAUAUAUAUAUAUAUAUAUAUGUGUGUAUAUAAUCCCUUUUGUAACUCAUUUAUUAUACUGAUACUUUCUCCCUCUGUCUCCUUGUGGACCAUGUUUCACUGUUUAUACUAUUUAGAAAGUUUGUCUUUCUGAAUUUUCAACUGUUUGUGUGUUGUGUUUUAUCGUUUUUCUGUUUUAUACAUGGUAAAUUAAAUCUACCUGUCUUCCUCUAAUCUUUAUUAGGUAUUUAAAGUACCUAACUAAGAAAUACCUCAAGAAAAAUAAUCUACGUGAUUGGCUUCGUGUUGUUGCAAACAGCAAGGAAAGCUAUGAAUUGAGAUACUUCCAGAUCAACCAAGAUGAGGAGGAAGAGGAGGAUGAAGAUUAAAAUAUUAUCUGGAAGAAUUUUUAUAUUAUCGGAAAUAAAAUUGGAACAAAAAGUUCUGGUCCAAUGUGGUUUU